AUGUUCGUAGGUUUGCUUUUGGCUCAAGAGUCAAGCUCCUCGAUCAAGGAGUUAUUUAUCCGAAAGUGGGCUUUUCGAAGGAUCGUAGUUGUUAUGAUCAUAAUGUUUGGGUUGGGAAUGUCGUAUUACGGAGUUCCAUUAGCGGUUAGGGACAUCAAAGUGAACAUCUAUUUGAGCGAAGCCUUAAACGCAAUGGUAGAGCUACCUACAUUUGUUAUCACACCGAUCUUGCUUGAGAAAUUUAGCAGAAGAAGCACUGUUCUUGUGAAUUGUUUAAUCGGAGGAGCAGCAGGAGUAUUCUGUUUCGUCCUAAGCCUUUUCGGAAGAACAAACAUUGCUUUUGCUCUCGAACUUGCUUCUUUCUUCUGGGCGAGGAUUGGAUUCAAUUUGAUGGCGGUUUAUAUGGUUGAGUUGUUCCCAACAUGCGUGAGGAAUUUUGCCACAACGAUGCUCAGACAAGGGCUUGUACUUGGAGGAGCUUGUUGUCCACUCAUUGCUUCGAUUGGAACAUAUGUUCCUUCGCUCUCUUUCGCGGUUUUCGGGCUUGCAAUGUCCGGUCUCGGGUUAUUCACUUUGCUUCUUCCUGAGACUAAAGGGUCAAGUCUUUGUGAUACAAUGGAAGCACAAGAGCAAAGAGACCAAGCCUUGAAGACUAACCAUUCUUGCUAA